AUGAAGGUCGAGGGCAGAACAUUUGUCAUAUCUGGAGGAGCUUCCGGCCUCGGCCGAGCAUGUGCACAGGACAUAUGUCGCCGUGGUGGCUAUGUCGCCAUUCUGGACAUGAAUGCAGAACUUGCUGAGGAACUCGUGAAAGAGAUCGGACACGGAAAGUCCAAGUUCUUUGAGACCGAUGUCCUAGAGACGGAAAGCAUUGCCGCUGCUGUUAAAGGGACUCUAGCCUGGUCCAAAGAAACUGGCAAAGAAAUUGGAGGCGUCAUCGCAGGUGCAGGUGUUUCUUCUCCAGCAAAGAUUCUCGACCGCAAUGGAAACCCCUUUAGCCUUGACGAUUUCGAAUUUGUCAUGAAUGUGAACGUCCGAGGGACUAUCGAUCUCGUUCGUCAGUGUCUUCCUCACAUGGCCAAGACUACACCAGUAGGGGAGGACGGUGAACGUGGUAUCGUCAUCAUGGUAGCGUCGUCAGCUGCAUUUGACGGCCAACCUGGACAGGUUGCAUACAGCGCCUCCAAGGGUGCCAUCGCAUCUCUCACCCUGCCUUUGACAAGAGAUCUCGCUCGAUAUGGCAUCCGAGUUGUCACAAUUGCACCUAGUCUUUUUGAUUCAAGGAUGACCUCAGUGAUGUCUGACAAGGUUCGCGCAAGCUUGACUAGGGUCAUGGAAUUCCCAUCAUGUGUCAGCACAAUGACCCCCCGCGGCCUUAACGGUGGCCUUAACGGCGGAUAUAAGAUAAAAGACAAAUUCCGGAUGAAACUAAAUGAGAGCCACGAAUACAAUUCAAUAUCCUCAAUCGUUUUUAUUCGCAUCCCAUCUUUGCUGAUUAUUUUGUUUCUUCUCCCUCAGCAACCAGGGCGUGAACCUUUUGAGGAAAUGCCUCUCAUAUUGACAGGAGCAACAGGCCUGGUUGGGUCGGCCGUACUAUCGCAUAUUCUCUCGUUACCUGAGGAACAAGCCCCACACCUGUUCAUUCUUAGUAGAAGCCCUGUUCCGAUGGCAGAGAAUCGACCCAAUGUUACCAUCAUUAGGCACGAUGACUUUAGUCAAUACCCUGCCGACUUGCUAGAGAAGCUCAAGGGCACCAAUGGUUGUAUUUGGGCCCAAGGCAUAUCUCAAACACAGGUAUCGAAAGAAGAAUAUGUGAAAAUCACCCUUGACUAUCCCCUGGCCGCUGCGAAGGCCUUCUCGGGGCUAUCUGAUUCCUUCAAUUUUGUUUACGUAUCUGGUGAAGGGGCGACCCAGGAACCAGGCCGGUUCACACCUUUGUUCGGCGGCAUCAAAGGCCAAUGCGAAUCCACUCUGAUCGACCUAUCCCAUAAGUUCCCUAGUCUCAGGCCAUACUCCGUUAGGCCGGCAUUUGUUGACGCUCAUCUUGAUGCAAGAGUUUUGGAGCAUGUGCUGCAACGACCGGAUCAGCAGACUUUUUCGAAAAAGUUGCUCCGUAAUGUUCUCGGGCCUGCUAUCCGCAGCACUAUGUCCAGUCAGACAUCGCCUACUAAGGAUUUGGGGAAGUUUUUGAGUAAUCUGGCAGGUGGUGAUGGGAAGCCACUGAGUGGAGAAGGAAUUUUUGGUGGUGGAUGGAUCGUUUCAAAUGUCGCUUUCCGACGACUUAGUGGGAUUUAA